AGUUCGCACUUCGCAGUUCGCAGUUCGCAUUGUCAGGGGCUUGGCUCAGGUGCAAAUUGCGAAAAUUAUUUGGAUUUUUAAUUAUUAUCACAAAAAUAAUUGAAUAAUAAUACCACACAUAAAACUAGCUUUCUCUAGUCAGGAUCAAAUUGGAUACAAAUUCACACAAAUUGAUUCAGAUAGGUAUAAGUGUGAGUACCAAGUUUAAAAUGCCAUCCAUAGCAGGAAAAUAUCAGCACUACAAAAAUGAUAACAUUGAUGACUACUUCUCUGCUGUUGGUGUCCCUUUUAUGGGCAGAAAAAUGAUGGGAUUGUCAUCACCACUUAUGGAGAUAACAGUUGAUGGUGAUAAUAUGACAAUUAAAACAUCAUCUUUGUUAAGAACAGUAGAAUACAAAUUCACCCUUGGAGAGGAAUAUGAAGAAGAAAUGCCUAGUAAAACUGUUAUUAAGAGUGUAACAAAAAUGCAGAAUGAGAAUGAGUUGAUAACAGAAUCUGUGAUACCAGAGACAGGAGAGAAAACUUCGAGGCAUUACCUAUUUUCAGAUGAAGAGUGUGUCAUUACAUUAACUCAUGAAAAGGCAAAGGCCCCUGCUAAAAGGUAUUUCAAAAGAGUAACUUCCUAAACCUCUAUACCUCUUGUAUAAAUUGUUUUAAAAUAUUAAGAUUAUGUUAGUUAUGAUUGAAUUGCUUAGUACUUAAGGUAUGAGAUUAUUUUAUACUAAUUUUAUUUUUUACUUUUAAAAAAUACCUAUUGUAAUUUUUUAUACGUUUUUUAUGUUUUUUAUAAAUUCUAUUUAAAGUCAUUCCAAUAAAAAUGAUUAUUUUAUGGCCUGUCUUUCUUUUCAUGAUAUUCAUACCAAUUUAAAUAUUCAUUGAAACUACUCUUAAUUAAAAGAAAUGCUAAUCGUUAGAUUACUAUUAAGAAGGGAUAGUCUUGAUUACAUAUUUGAAAAUACAUUACUGAAUUAUCCUUAUUAUCAACGUCUUCGAGUCUUCCCUUUUUGCGUAUAAAAAAAAAUAUAUUUUCUUUUUUAUUCAGUAGUAAAAACAUAUGACCAUUAGUGUAUUUUCUAUGAAGUUAUAUAUAUAUAUAAUCUAUGAUUUUGGCCUAAAAGUCUAGGAUACCAGGCCAUAAACUGCAAAAAAAUAAAUAAUCUAUGAUUAAAAUUUUGACAUAUGUCAAGGGUGGAAAGCAAUUGUCACGCAUAAGUGACUGAGAGCAUCGAUUUUUUGUUUGAAUUUUUUAACAAAAGAAAACGGUCAAGAACUCAAGGGACAAGGCGUGAACGGUUAAGUAGGGAGUCACGAAGUUGUAAACCAAUAUUUGGAGAUUCAAAUAUCUAACUAUUGCCAUAGGUACAGUCAAACCUGUAAAAAUAACUAUGUCUGAAGGAAACCAGG